CCCAAAAAAUUUUUUUCACAAAUAUUUUAUUUAUGUAACCAACUAGUGACAAGAACUGUCUUGUUUUCUGCAUACAACUCAUGACUUCCUUAUAUAAAUGACAGAAUUAGAAAGAAGUGGUAGACGAACUCUGUCCCUUUUACCAUCCCUGCUACGUGUUUGUCUUAACAACAGCUGACAUGUUAAGCCCGUCAAUAACAGAUAUUAACGUUAUUAAAACAAACUAAAAUGUUCGAUGGGUUUUAUGACAUGUAUACAAGUGAAUGCACAUUUCAAAGUCACCAAAAUGGUCUACCGACAAAACUCGUAUUUUAUUUAACUGUAGCGAAUAUAAUAUCUUUUGUGCAUGAGUUAUUUCUAAAGAUAAACCAUAUCACUAACAGAGAACAAAAUGCAAGGAAUAUGCUAAAGCAUAUUAUUUACUUUUAGGUUAUGGUAAAAAUGAUACUUUGGUAAAUGAAAAGGCAUGGACAGGACCGCUCUUGAUUUAAUUCUAUAUUGAUGUAAUUGUUACACCUUUUUUUCAGAUCAUUAGAAUUAUGGAAAUAGAAUUUCUAACAGAGAGUCAAGAAUACAGUGUAGCAGAAUUCUACGAUCAAUUUCACAAACACUUGCCGGUUGUGGUGCAAGUUAAUAAAGGAUUUCAAGGACACAUUAUUGAGGAUACAUUUGGAGAAGGGGAGGUACUGUAUAUAGCGGCUAAAUCAAAGCAGAAACGUGUUGUGGCAAAAGUACAAAACAGGAAAAACUGCAGAGUUCUGAGUAUCCCGGAAGUAUUUUCUGAAAAUCUAUGUAUAAUUAAACACGAAAAAACUGGUCGGGAACAUAGUCUCUCGGAAAUACUGAAGCACCAUAGACUGCCGUUGAAUGUACAAUAUCCACCAAACAUCAUCAUUUUGGGAAAUAAACGCUUCAAUUCUAAGGAAUUGCCACACCUGGAACUUGUGAAGACAUUUAAGGAAGUACAUCUGCUUGGAAACUAUUUAGUAGACGGGAAGUUAGGCAAAGACAUCUUCCACGUCCCUUUGUACCUCUCACAACUAAGGCUGUGUCGAGUUACUGGAAUUAAGUUCCUGUCCAAACUGGGAUGGAAAAAGCAUUGUGAUACAUUAGAGGAGGAAAGUCGGCAUAUGGAAUAUAAUCUUCGUUUUGGAAAUCAGCAUGUUGCAGAAUAUGAUCAUGCUGAAAUCCAACGGGAUACGAAUUACGCAUAUGCCGAACCCUUAGUUUACGACAACUUAAUCAACUUGAUGGUUAAUUGGCCGGAAUGUCAUUUCGGAUGUGCAUCCAGUGAUUCAUCUGCGCAUAAAAGUAAAGACAGAUCACACGUGGAAACCCUGACAGAACAGAUUCCUAAUUUAGAAAUAGAACAAAAGAUAAUCGCUAACAGUGAAAAGAGAUAUGAGUCUUUGCAUUCCGAUUCGUUGGGAAAAGGAACAAAUGAUAUUGCAGAAUAUGACGAGAGUGUUCUAAAAUCCGGUAUGAAGUACUCAUAUGCUGAGCCUAUGACUUAUGAAAGCUUAAUAAACAUAGAGAAUAGACAAUACAACAUUUACGAUAAUCUGUCGGAGUAUAAACCUGUAGAGACACAUGCAAAGAAUAUUGAGGCGUUUACUGUCGAAGAUGUUUUGAAACUAUUGCAGAAUAAAGGAAUGGAAAAGUAUUCUGAAUCAUUUGCUACGCAUCAAAUAGAUGGAAAACUGCUCGUCGGAAUGAACGAAAGUAUCCUGACUGAAGAAUUUGGUAUGACAAGAACAGAAAUAUACAGAUUGAAAGAUAUUUCAUUUGAAGAAGAAAAUGCUCAAAGACACAAAAGCGAUCGUUCUGAAAAGAUAUGUGAUUAGCGUUUAACACAGUUACUCCAGGCAAGCUAGAGGGCAACAACAAAAACAGAACAAGUACAGAAUGUGUUGCAAGUAGUAAUACCAACUCUUCAAAGCAGGUAUAAAAAAAUGUCAGCAUUUGAAUCUAGAUCAUAUAUGCAGCAAAAAGCUCCUAAACUGACACCCGAACCUUAUCCGUCAAAAUCAUGGCUCCAGGAGCUUAAAUAAUCAGUUUCAAAUCAUCAAAGGAUAAAAAUGUCAAAGCUAUCAACAGCAACUUCUAAAAUACUUCAGUCAGUUUCUUCUCAAGUAAAUUUUUUGCAAAACGAAGAAUUAAGCUGUCAGUCUUUACUAAAUAAAACUUUUAACGAAUCUGAAGUGCAACGUAAGGAGAAAAAGCAGGAUAAAACAGAACGAAAGCUCUGUACAUAUUUACAAGUACAUCACUAGGGUAUCCGGUCCACAAGUUCUAUAUAACAGUGUUAUUACGAUAUAUCAAAUACUGAUGCCUGGUAAGCACAUAUAAUUUUGGUAUCAUUUGAAAGCGUAUUGCCUACUGAAAAAGAAAAUAUAAGUCACAUGAUUAUAUAUAUAUAAAGAUGUUUUUACUUUAUAGUUUUCAGUAAUACGUCAACAGAAAUCCUGUUAUCAUAGUGUAAGCAUUAUCAAUAUACAGUCAAAAACUCAAGUGAUUCGUGUAUCUCGUUAUGGUCAUUUUAUUUUCUAUUUCUUGUUCAGCAGAACAACUCUUUCAUAUGAUACCAAGAAAACAUGGAGUCACCAGGCAUCGUAAUUUUACCUAUUUUUGGAUCAGAUACCUUGAGUAGUGUCAUUCUUGUGACACUUACAUUUCUCCAUGUGAUAGCUAUACCUCCUCACGUAACACUUGUUCUACUUAACCAAAUGGAAAUUCAACUAGGCAAUGCAGGGAUAUUCGCUACAGUGUUGUGAAUUUUCUAGAUUUAACCGUUGAAGAGGUAUAUAAAUAUCAUCUGAAGGAGAUGAACCUUGGUAAUACAUCUCUGCAUUUAAAAGCGAGAUGAUAGAUGGCUCCAUCCUCUCACACCUUGAUAAAGAUAUUUUAACGAAGAAUUUAAGUAUUAAGAGACUUGGCGCACUGCGAUUGCUAAAUAUUAUUAAAGAAGAAUUUUUAUCACAAGUUCGAAACCAAAUUAUUAUGUUUGUACGCCUGGAAGACAAAACUGUGUACAAAUUUACUGUAUAUGCAAAGGUUUUCUAAUCCGCAAUAAUCUUCGAUGAAUAUUUAAGAAGAAUCGAGACAAUUGUAGACAAAAGUGAUACACAAUAAAUUAUCUGUAAAUGUACAUGCUCUUUUUAAACGUAAAUGUAGGAAUAUUUGUUUUCAUUUUUGUUAAAUUUUACGUUAUAUAAUGUCUGUGAAUGUAUACCUAUUUUUCUACAAAUUGUAUAUUCGUUGAUGCAAAUAUAUGAU